GUGAUGAUGUGUCAGGAAGGUGACGGAAGCACCGUUGUCGCUCAAACAAAAAAUGGCUUACCAGACUGUCCGACAGGAAUAUUUACAGAUUCCAGUGGUCACUAGAGCUUAUACCACCGCCUGUGUACUCACGACAGCCGCCGUGCAAUUAGAACUCAUCACACCUUUCCAACUGUACUUCAACCCUGAUUUAAUACUAAAAAAUUAUCAGGUAUGGCGGCUAAUAACCAACUUUUUGUUUUUUGGUCCAGUGGGUUUCAACUUCUUAUUCAACAUGAUAUUUUUGUACCGGUACUGUCGGAUGCUGGAGGAGGGCUCCUUCAGAGGCAGAACUGCUGAUUUUGUCUUUAUGUUCCUCUUCGGUGGCGUUCUCAUGACUAUAUUUGGCAUGUUUGUCAAUCUUGUAUUCUUAGGUCAGGCUUUCACCAUUAUGCUGGUGUACAUCUGGAGCAGACGAAACCCAAACGUGCGCAUGAAUUUUUUCGGCCUUUUGAAUUUCCAGGCGCCCUUCCUGCCGUGGGUGCUCAUGGGAUUCUCUCUGCUGCUGGGAAACUCCAUCAUUGUUGAUCUUUUAGGCAUUGUCGUAGGACACGUGUACUUCUUUCUGGAGGAUGUGUUUCCCAACCAACCAGGUGGUGGCAGAUGGCUGAGGACUCCCUCCAUUCUAAAAAUGCUCUUUGACACACCAGAGGAAGAUGCCAACUACAACCCUCUCCCUGAGGAGCGCCCAGGAGGCUUUGCCUGGGGUGAGGGUCAGAGACUCGGAGGCUAGUCUCAACACUCUGGUGCCUGUUACCUCAUGGACAUCUCUGAGAGCAAGGACAAACUUGUUUCUCUUGUGCUGUACUAAAGUACAGGAGCUCCACUCAUUGAACUGAAGGGAGACUUGCAGUUUGUGUGCACGGAAAUCAUAUGCCUCAAAAUAGUAGCAAGACACAUACUGCUUCUCUGACUGUGGAUUUAACAAAGUAAGGAACUGACUUUUGAUAUGUUGCUGUUGCCAUUUUUGUCCUGCGCAACAGUGAUUCCAAAUGGAGCAGCCGUGAAAGGAAAAAUAUCUAUUGAUUAUCACCAGGACAGGUGUGAUUUUACUUUUUCUUGAUUUUUUUUUUUUUUUUUUUUUUUUUUUGGAGAAUAAAUGUAUGUUAAAAACUGUUUUUAGUGCUGAUUUUUUUAAAAAAAAAAUUUUUAAGUAUUUUAUUUACUUUGUGUCCACAAACAAACAUACAGCGAUCAGCCACAACAUUAAAACCACCUGCCUAAUAUUAUGUAGGUUCCAACCAACGCCAGCCCGCUUCUCAGAAUAGCAUUUUGAGAUUAUAUUCUCCUCACCACAAUUGUACAGACGGGCUGGUUUGAGUAUUUCUGUAACUGCUGAUCUCUUGGGAUUUUCACACACAACAGUCUCUAGAAUUUACUCCGAAUGGUGCAAAAAACAUCCAGUGAGUGGCAGUUCUGUGGAUGAAAACACCUUGUUGAUGAGAGAGGUCAACAGAGAAUGGCCAGACUGGUUCAAACUGACAAAGUCUACGGUAACUCAGAUAACCACUCUGUACAGUUGUGGUGAGAAGAAUAUCAUCUCAGAAUGCUAUUCUGAGAUGCGGGUUGGUGCUGUUUUGGUGGCACGAGGGGGACCUACACAAUAUUAGGCAGGUGGGUUUUAAUGUUGUGGCUGAUCAGUGUACUGUACAUUGCUCAAGUAUAAGGCAAAGCACUGUAGUACAUGAAAAUUAUCAGUGCAAAUGAUUUUUUCUUAAUAUACACAUCAGGAUCCAGGAAUAAGAUGCUGCUCUUGAUCUUACAGUGUCUGACAAACAUCUUUUGAACUUACACAAUCAUCUUCCAAUAACAGUUCUUAUGAUACUAAUUUCAACAGAAAAUUAUAUUUUCAGAUGACGUUUUCAAAAGGCAUAUUGCAGUUCUAACAGAGGGAAGUGAAAGAAUGAUUUACUUCAAUGACAGUAAACAUGCCUGUAUAAGGUUAUGUAUAUUAAUAUAUAGUUAUAGCUCAACUUGCUGUGAUAGUGGAAACCAAAUGGGUUAUAUACUGUAUAUAAUUCAAGUGCUAAAUACUGUCAGCGGUCAGAGGUUAGUCCAUGGCAUUGUUCAUUCCAAUCAGAUUUCUGUGUUCACUCAA